CUUUCACCAAGAACAAUCAUUUGCACAUUUAAAAAAAAAAAAUAAACAGGAAGCACAAAUCUUUACUUGUAUAGAUAUCGAGAUUUGUAAGAAGAAAGAAAGAAAAAGAAAAGAAAACCCAUUAGCACAAAAUGGAAAGAACCCUCAUCGCCGUAAUCUUUCUCGCAACGACAACACUCGCGUGCCUUUCACGCGCCGCCGUGGUGACACUGAGGAACGGGGAAGCGUCGACAUGCAACGGCUCGGUGGCCGAGUGCGGAAAAGAAGAGGUGGAGGAGAUGGAGAUGGAGUCGUGGAUAAGCCAGAGGAUGAUGGAGGAGCAAAGGACGAUUUCGUACGGAGCUCUGAAGAGGAACCAGCCAGCUUGCGGCGGCGACGGUGCCGGCGGCGGCCAACGCGGCGAUUCCUACUCCGGAAGUUGUCUUCCUCCGCCGUCGAAUCCACACAGCCGUGGCUGUUCCAAGUAUUACCGUUGCAGGUCCGAUUCUUGAUGAAUCUUGAAGAGGGACGAAAUGAAUGGAGUGCGCUUUUUUUUUUGUUAAUUUGUGUUCGUGUUUGUAAUUGCGGGUUGAUGUUAAAUCUUGGGUUCGGAACCUAAACAGAUUAAAAGAUGAUAAUGUCUUUUGUUAAUCAAGCUAUAAUCUCUCUUGCAGCAAAAAGAGAACACUUCAAUGA